AUGAUUGUCUGUGGGAGGCAAUGGCUCGUCACUGCUUGCCCUUUUCCAAGGGAAAGAGAGUGGCGGACCUCGGUGCCGGCGAUGGAACCUUGGGGAAGCUGCUGUAGGCCUGGAGCUGCUGGGGAUCCCUUUCCUCCGGAAGAUUGCCCAGAGCGGAUCAUCAAGAGGGACGGCGUAGACUUUCUGCGGGCCCAGCCUGACCAGAGUCUGGAUUUGGUGAUUUCCACCUUCGCCGUGCACUUCAUGGACCGCCCGAGCCUGGAUAAGGAGCUGGCACGCGUCUUAAGACCAAGCGGCCGUGCCAUUUGGUUUA